AUGCCGGGUCUUUUUUGUUCCCUUUCUAACCAUAUGAACGCAUUCUUUUCCCAUCCCCAGUGUUCUUUAUGCAUAGCUUUUAUUGUUUUCAUCUUUUCUUUAACGUGUUGUUUGCAUAGCCAUUUUAAACGUCUUCUUGUCGUUUUAAAGCACACUUUGCGUUUUUUUUCUUUGUAUCCUUCCACCCUUUCAAAUAGUUCUUUCUCUAUAUAUUUUCUUGGUUUCAUAUCCUUUCAAGAGCCCUCUGUAUUCACAUUGCCAUCUUCUCUCUCAUUCAAUGCCCUAUUUACACACCUCUUUUGUCUUCCUCCGCGCCUUCAAAUGCGACCUUCUUCCGACAGGUUUAUGUGUGCAUCGCCCAGGGUUUCCCGAUGCCUCUGCACAUCUGAAUGUAGUCUUUUGAACUUUUUUCUCAUUUUCCUUGCGCGAACGAUUAUGGUUCUUUUUCUUUUUCUUUUUUUUUUCUUUUUUCUAUAUUAUUCUUGUUUUCUUCAUUUUUUUCCUCUCGCCUUUCUUGUUUUUUUUUCCUUUGUUUCUUUUGUUUUUUUAUGUCCGUUUCCCAAUAAGAUUUUCUUAUCUUCCGCGCAUUCUUUAUUUUUCUUUCAUUUACGUUUCUUCUUUAUUGUCUCGAUAUUUAGUUCUUCUUCUUCUUCUUUAUUCUUCCUUCUCAAUAAGAUUUUCUUCUUUUUCUUCUUUCGUCUUUUCUUUUAUUUUUAUUUUCAUUUCCUUUCUUUUCUUUUUUCUUCUUAUUGUCUCGAUUUUUUUUUCUUCUUCUUCUUUAUUCUUCUUCUUUAUCCUUCUUCUUCUCCUUUUUUCUUCUUCGUCUUCUUCUUCUUUUUCUUCUUCUUCUUCUUUAUUCUUCUUCUUCUCCUCCUCAUUCUUCUUCUUUUCUUCUUAUUCUUCUUCUUCUUCUUUAUUCUUCUUUUUUUCUCCUUAGUCUUCUUCUUUUUUUUCUUCUUCUUCUUCUUUUAUUCUUCUUCUUCUUUAUUCUUCUCUUCUUCUUCUUCUUCUUUUUCUUCUUCGUCUUCUUCUUCUUUUCUUCUUUUUUUCUUUUAUUCUUCUUCUUCUCCUCCUCAUUCAUUCUUCUUCUUUUUUCUUCUUCGUCUUCUUCUUUUUUUUCUUCUUCUCUUUUUUAUUAUUCUUCUUCUUCCUCCUCCUUCCUUUUUUCCUUUUUUCUUCUUCUUCUUCUUUAUUCUUCUUCUUCUCCUCCUCCUUCUUCUUCUUCUUUUUCUUCUUCGUCUUCUUCUUCUUUUUCUUCUUCUUCUUCUUUAUUCUUCUUCUUCUCCUCCUCCUCAUUCUUCUUCUUUUUCUUCUUCGUCUUCUUCUUCUUUUUUCUUCUUCUUCUUCUUUAUUCUUCUUCUUCUCCUUCCUUCUUCUUCUUUUUUUCUUCUUCUUCCUUCUUUUUCUUCUUUUCUUCUUCUUUAUUCUUCUUCUUCUUCCUUCUUCUUCUUCUUUUUCUUUUGUAUAAUUAUUCUUUUUUCCUUCUUCUUCUUCUUAUUCGUUUUUUCUAUUAAUAUCAUCCUUGAUAUUUUUAUUCGUAUUUUCCUUUUUCUUUCUUGUCCUUUUCUUCUUCUUUUUUUUUUUCUUUUUUCUUUUUUUCUUUUUCUUUUCUUCUUUAUUCUUCUUCAUCAUCAUCUUUCUUCUUCUUCUUUUUUUCUUCCUUAUUCUCUUUAUUCCUUCUUCUUUUUCCUUCUUCUUUUUUUUUUUCUUCUUCUUCUUCUUCUUUUUUUCUUCUUCUUCCUCCUUCUUCUUCUUUUUCCAUGUCUUCUUCUCCUCAUCAUUAUGGUCCCUCUCUUCCGUUUUUUCUAUAUCCUAGAUAUUUUUAUUGUAUUUUCUUUUUUUUUCUUUACUUUUUCUUUUUUUUUUUUCUUUUUUUUAACAUUCUUCCAUCAUCAUGGGAUCAUCAUUUUUUUCCUUCAUUUCUUUCUUCUUCUUUUUUUUUUUUUUUCUUCUUUCUGUUUUUCUUCUUUUCCUUUCUUCUUCUUCUUUUCCAUUCUUCUUCUCUCAUCAUUUCUUCUUUCCUUCUUUUUUUUUUUAUCCACCUCUGGGUUCUUUUUUUUUUUCUUCUUUUUUUCUUCUUUUUCUUUUUCUUCUUUCCUUCUUCUUUUUCUUCUUCUCUUCUUUUUUCCUUCUUCUUUUUUCCUUCUUCUUUCCUUCUUUCUUCUUUUCUUCUUCGUUCAUUAUUUCCCUAUGCUUUGUUUUUCUUCUUUUUCUUUCCCUUCUUCUUUCUCGUAUAUAUUUUUUUCUUUUUGUUACUGUUAUCUUUCCUUUUUCCUCCGAAUUUUGGCCAUCUCUUUUGUCGAUGUUUUUUUUUUUUGGCCAUUCUCUUCGCAUUUGCCUGUCAACCUCCUCCUCUUCCUUCGUCUUCUUCUUCUUGUUUCUUCUUUUUCUUCUUGUUUCUUCUUCUUCCUGUUUUUUCUUCUUAUUAUUAUUUCUUCUUCUUCUUCUCCUCCUCCUUCUCCUCCUCAUCAUUCUUCUUCUUUCGUCUUUUUCUUGGUUCUUCUUCUUCUUCUUUCUUGUUUUUCUUCUUCUCCUUUUUUCUUCUUGUUUCUUCCUGUUUCUUCUUCUUCUUCCUGUUUCUUCUUCUUCCUGUUCCUUCUUUUUUUCUUCUUCUUUCUUCUUCCUUAUUUUGCUAUAUCCUUUUGCCUAUUUUCUCAUCAUUAUUCCUUCCUUCUCAAGGAAACAACCUGUAUUCUUUCUUUCUUUCUUUCUUUCUUUCUUUCUUUUCUUUCCUUUCCUUUUACACCUUUCUGUUACACUGAUCUUCCUUAUCUAAGGGCACCACAUGACCACAUGGAAUAUCAUUUUUCAAACAGGCUUCUCUGCCUCCCCUAA